UGAUCUAAUUCGAAAAGCAUUCCAAAUGGAAUUCAAUGUAAAAAAAUUGCUUCAUAAUGUGCAAUGGCUCCUGUCCAUACUGCCACCAGAUAAAAACAACACUAAACUUGUUUACUUGGAAAAGUUUAUAAAGACUAAAGAAUGCAACACUGAAGAAGUGAAACUUUUAAUGGAGUGCUUAAGUGAACUUUUGCUUGAUGAAACCUUCAUAGAAUCCAUUGCAAUAUCCUUUGAAGAUUGCUUGCUACUUUUAGUCUCCAAUACGUUUGGUGGUAACGUUGAAGAUACAGUGAACGUUAAUAAUUUUGCAGAAUAUCAAAGGAAAUCUUUAGCUCUUGCGAAGCUGAUGCAUCUUUCCAACGAUGUGAAGCAAUAUGCCUUGAAAUACUUUCUUAACAAGCCACCACCGUUUUCAUCUGCUGCGGAUUUGAAUCAAUCUUUGCCCAAUAAAAAGUCCAGACCUUUGCCGAUUAAACCUACAUCCUUCGAUAUUGUUAAAUGUUGUUAUCGGUUGUUGAAAGCAGAUAUCGAUUACUUUAAAAAUUUAUGGAAUUGGUCAGAGUUUGUGGACAAACAUUUAACUGAGAAGUUUUUCAGUAAAAAAGGAAACCUUCAAGACGUAUAUAUCAACCAUAUUUUAGCGUUUUUAUGCGGUAUGAAUUCUAUGCAACUGCGACAAUUGAAUCUUCGUAUAGCUGUAAAAUAUUUAAUUGAAUUCGAAGAACAUAACAAGCUAACUUUGAAAAAUUGGAGUUACAAAGAAUCUGGACAUGAUACGAUAACUUUGCCUUUACAGAGUAGCUUUGUUUGCAACGUCGAAGGCGUGCUUUUAUCCGUAUUCAACAAAGAAAACUAUGAUUACUACGAUAAUUUUCAGGACAGCAUGGUUAAAGUUGAUUCCACAAAAGCAAAUUUACGUAGCAUAGCUUUGGGAGUCGCCAAUAGUAAGGCUAUUUGCUUAUCAGGACCUGUUGGAUGUGGCAAAACAACGCUUGUUGAAUACUUGGCACGUAAAACAGGAAGAUUGACUCCAAAAAUUAUUGACGUUGAAGAAAAUGAUGAAGAAAAUACUUUUGAUGAAAAAAUUGACGUAAAAGAACUGGAAAUAAUCAAAGCAGGAUUUAAACGUAAAUCGUUAAACUUAUCGAAGGGCACGCACUCACAAGAUAGGAUUUCUAAACGAUCGGGGGAAAAUGGAUUCUUACGUAUCCAACUAGGAGAUCAGACCGAUUGCAAAAUGCUAUUAGGUCAAUAUCACUGUACAGAUGUGCCGGGAGAAUUCGUAUGGUUGCCAGGAGUAUUAACGCAGGCAGUUAUGAAUGGCUAUUGGUUGCUUUUGGAAGAUCUGGAUUCUGCUACUCAAGACACUUAUACGGUUUUAAGCAGCUUAUUGGAAAAUAAAUGCCUUAGUGUCCCGGGAUUUUCUGAUUGCGUCAAAAUAGCUCCGGGUUUUCAACUCUUUGUAACGGUCAGAACUCUGAAGUCAUCCUCUUCAAAUACUGCCCAAAAAGCUUUACUCUCGUUCUUGGAAAAGUAUCUCUAUACUAUUAAUAUAUUGCCUUUAUCACGCAAUGAAUUGUGUAAAGUUGUUGCCUCCAAUUACCCGAAAUUAAGUACAAUCGCAAACCGCAUCGUAGAUGUAUUUCUUAUUUUUUCCAGCGGCGAUCACAGUGUAGCCGACAAUUUACGUCAACAAGAAGCGAAUGACAAAGCGGAUACCACCGACCAUUACUUACAGUUGCCCUACGAUGAAAUAUCCAUAUCCUCAAUUUCUAGUUCGGGCCGUAUGGUAUCCACACGCGAUCUGAUUAAAUUAUGCCAGAGAUCGAAUCCCACUUUUUCGGUGACUAGUACUGAGUGUGCGUAUUUUGUCUUCCAGAAUGCUGUAGAUGUAUUUUGCUCAUAUAUACCGCAAAGUCGGGAGAAAGCAAAACUUAUAACAGCUAUUGGUGCCAAACUAGGUAUAAUACAAUCACGCUGUGAGCAUUUGGCGAAUGAAUAUAAGCCAGAAAUAAAAUUGAGUAAGGAAUACAUUAAAGUAGGCAGAGCUGAAUUACAAACCCGUAAAGGAGUUGUUGACAUCGUCGACGAUGACACGUCUGUAUCCGAACGUUUAGAAAAUCAAGCUUUUAAACGUAUGAAACUUAUGAAUAGCAGAGCAAAGGAUUUAGGUAAAGCCGAUAAAAAGACUUCAAGUACUUUUUCGUUUACUCGUUUGGCUUCAUGCAUGCUGGAACGUAUAGCCGUUUGCGUGCAGCAAGUUGAGCCUGUAUUGCUUGUGGGUGAAACAGGCGUAGGGAAAACGUCUUCCGUCCAAUAUUUAGCUGAGCGCACCAAACACAAGCUGAUGGUGGUUAACAUGAACAAUCAGUCCGAUGUCUCUGACUUGAUAGGCGGCUUUAAGCCAGUGGAUCUCUCCUAUGUUGUAUUGCCAUUGCGUUCAGAAUUUGAGUUUUUGUUUCGUCACACUUUUAAUGCGACUAAAAAUGAAUCAUUUCUUACCAAAUUUAGUAUAUGUUACAAUCAAGGUAACUUUCCAGUGAUCGUCAAACUAAUGUUGAAAAUUGUCAAUUCGGUGUUUGAAAAAGCUGAACGUAAUGAAUUGCGGGAUAAAGAUCUGAAGCUGAUUCCACGUUGGCGUUGCUUAAAAAUCAAAUUGCAAAAGCUUUGCAAUCAAUUAAACAAAUCUAUAAAUAUAUCUUUCGCAUUCAUCCCAGGCUCGCUAGUGAAUUGCAUUAAAUUCGGUGAUUGGGUGUUACUUGACGAAAUUAACUUAGCUUCAGCCGAGACUUUGGAAUGUUUAUCCACCAUUUUAGAACCCGAUGGUUCGGUAGUAUUGUUGGAAAAAGGCGAUUUUACUCCAGUGAAACGUCAUCCCGAUUUUCGUAUAUUUGCUUGCAUGAAUCCAAACACGGAUGUGGGGAAAAAGGAUUUGCCAGUAGGUAUUCGUAAUCGUUUCACGGAAUUUUAUGUCGAUGAGAUAACUUCAGAAGCAGAUCUUCGCUUACUGGUUUCGGAUUAUCUUAGGGCUACUGGCAUUCAGAAGAUUCAAACUAUUACAAAUAUUGUGAAGUUAUACAUAAAACUAAAGCAAUUAGCUCAAUUAGAACUAAACGAUGGUCUUGGCAACCGGCCAGUGUAUUCUUUGCGUACUCUUUGCCGUUCGCUAAAUAUUUGUGCACGUAAUUUAUGCGGCUCGAUAGAGCGCAAUCUGUACGAAUCACUCAGUUUAAGUUUCCUUACUCAACUGGAUUCGAACUCGCACAAUACGGUGCUACAGUUAAUUCAGACAAGAAUGUUAAGUGACACGAAAGCUAUACUCAAACAACAAAUACCUAAGCCAAGCGAUAGUUGCCUUAACUUCGAAGGCUAUUGGAUAGAAAAGGGCCCCAAAGAAUUACAAGAAUGCAGUAACUACAUCUUAACAGAAAGCGUACGGAAUAACCUUAAGGACCUAACUCGUAUUAUUUCCAUAGGCAAGUUUCCGGUCCUUUUACAAGGUCCAACCUCCGCAGGUAAGACGAGCUUAAUUGAGUAUGUAGCCAAACGUAGCGGUAAUUAUUGCUUACGUAUCAACAAUCAUGAACACACCGACCUACAGGAAUAUAUAGGUACUUAUACAGCUGAUACGACGGGAAAGUUAACAUUCAAAGAGGGCGUAUUGGUUCAGGCAAUGCGUCAAGGGUAUUGGAUUAUUUUGGAUGAAUUGAAUCUUGCUUCCACGGAAAUCUUAGAAGCUCUUAAUCGAGUCCUCGAUGAUAAUCGUGAGUUAUUUAUACCAGAGACACAAACAAUAGUAAAAGCUCAUCCGAACUUUAUGUUAUUUGCUACCCAAAAUCCUCCCGGUUUAUAUGGUGGACGUAAGGUUUUAUCAAGGGCAUUUAAGAAUCGUUUUAUUGAACUGCACUUUUCCGAAAUUCCGCGUGCGGAAUUAGAAGUAAUUUUAGAGAAACGUUGCCUAAUACCAGCUUCGUAUGCUCGUAAAAUGGUAGCUUGCAUGGCUGAUUUGCAAAAAAAUCGCAAAACUACAUCGAAAAAUAUCUUUACAUUGAGAGAUCUCUUUCGUUGGGGUAAUCGUUAUACAUGGGCGGAUAAGAAACUCUUAGAGGAUCCAAAGUACGAUUGGAAUCAACAUUUAAUAGAGGAAGGAUAUUUAGUAUUGUCGUCGAAAGUGCGCAGCGAUUUGGAAUUGCAGAUUAUCGCAGAAGCGCUUUACAACAAUUUUAAAAAACGGAUCGUACUUUCGAAAUUAUUUAAUAUCGAUUCAGAUUUGAAAGAAGAAUCGGCUGUAACAAGAGAUAUUAUCCGAGAACUAAGAAAUUAUAGAGAUCGUGCCGAUAUAGUAUGGACUCGGAAUAUGACUCGUAUGGCUGUUUUAACCGCUAAAGCAUUACAAUUCAAUGAACCGGUAUUACUUGUCGGUCCUACAGGUUGUGGUAAGACCACGGUCUGUCAGUUGUUAGCAAAAAUUCACAAUGUCAAAUUACGCAUACUCAACUGUCACAUGCAUACGGAAGGUGCUGACUUUUUAGGGGGGCUGAGACCCUGCCGUCAAAACGAUAAUGACGCUAAUGACACAGCAUCCAGCAAACUUUUCGAAUGGUCUGACGGUCCUUUAAUACAUGCUAUGCUGGAAGGUUCCUAUUUUAUGGCAGAUGAAAUAUCUUUGGCCGAAGAUUCGGUGUUGGAGCGUUUAAAUUGUGUUUUAGAGCUUGAGAGAACCGUAUUGUUGGCAGAGAAAGGAGGAAUAACAACUAGCGAAAGUACAGACGAGAAAAUUUGCCAAGAGUUUGUGAUACAAGCUCGGGAUGGCUUUCAAUUUCUAGCUACUAUGAAUCCUGGUGGAGAUUUUGGGAAAAAGGAGCUUUCGCCAGCCUUAAGAAAUCGUUUCACUGAAAUCUGGUGUCAACCAUCAGAUACAAAAGAAGAUCUGAUACAGAUCGCCAACAAUUGCAUGCAACAACACUUACUGACGAUAGAAGAGAAAAACGAGGCUUUGACAAUGGCCCAAUAUAUAGUGGAAAUAGUCUUGUUUAUUCGGCAAAAAGUGGAAAAGUUUAAGUUCUCUAUACGAGAUAUCUUAGCUUGGGCUAACUAUAUCGUCAAUAAUAAUCAAUUAAGCUUUGGCGAGAAAGCAUUUUUUGGCCUAGAAACCAUAUUUUUGGACGCUCUAGAAAUGUUGUCAUUUGAAAGCUUAAAGAAAAUAGACGAGCUAAGGUCUCAAAUUAUAAACGAAGCAUUAAACCAAGCCGCCAAAAUAUUAAAAAAACACGUAACACUAGAAGAUUUGCUUGAGAAGAAAGGCAACCACGUAGAAUAUGUAUCGCAUCAAAAAUUCGGGAUAAAACCUUUCUUCAUACCAGUGAAUACACUUUCCAGCGUAAAGGCAGACGAACACUUUUUAUUUGAUGCUCCUACCACUAAGAAAAAUUUAUUUCGUCUACUUUCUGCCUUAACGCUGAAAAAACCUAUUUUAUUGGAAGGACCACCCGGUGUGGGUAAAACGUCUAUUGUAGAAAGUAUUGCUCAAGCAAUAGGCUUUCAAAUCGUGCGCAUUAAUUUAUGCGAACACACCGAUCUGGCCGAUCUUUUUGGUACCGAUUUGCCUGCAGAAGAUAAUAUUUUAUAUGCAGCUAAAGAUCAAGAAAGCGAAGUCGUACAAAUGGGUUCCUUUGUCUGGCGCGACGGACCUUUACUAGCUGCUUUAAAAUCAAAAAACACUUGGAUUUUAUUGGAUGAAUUAAACUUGGCUCCGCAAUCCGUUCUGGAAGGUCUAAAUGCCAUUUUGGACCACCGUGGCGAGGUCUACUUACCUGAACUUAACAAAACUUUCAUUUUACCAGAACAAACUCGUAUAUUUGCUUGUCAAAAUCCCCUAAAACAAGGCGGAGGGCGUAAGGGAUUACCACAAUCAUUUUUGAAUCGUUUCACUAAAGUUUAUUUAAGGAAAUUAACUUCAGAAGAUCUAUUGCAUGUAAUUAAUCAGAGAUAUGCGUCUUCGUUUCUGGACUUAAAACAGCGAUUUAUUCAAUCAAUCUCACAGGCAAACAAUCUAGAAAAUUGCAAUCUUUUCGAUGCCUAUGAUGCUUUGAAGAAUAAUCAACUGUUGACAAAUUUGGAUUCCUCUGAUCUUACUCUGACAUUUGACUUAGCAUUAAAAAUGGUUCGUUUCUCUGAAUUGCUCGAUCGUGGUCUUUUAGCCAUGGAAUUCGGUUAUAAAGGCGGACCUUACGAGAUAAAUUUACGUGAUAUCUUACGUUGGUGUGAUUUGCUGAUACAUCCUCAAACUUGUUACUGUCCGCAGCCAGGAAAGACAUUCGUAGAGUGUUUUGAUGAAUUCCUGUUAACGGUUUACGAACGCAUGAAAUUGGUUUACUAUCAACGUAUGCGUUGCGCUGCAGAUAAGGCAUUUAUACGUAAUGCUUUUGCCCAAGUCUUUAAAUGCGAUGUUGAUCAUUUGAAUUCUCAGUCAGAGGAUGUGGCUUUGUACUGGACAUCUCAAAAAAUCUACUUAAACGAUAUCGUAAUAUCACGGGAGAGUGCAAACAAAACACAAUCGUUACAUUCAUUGCAAGGAAAGCAGUUUUCGCCUUUAUUAUUGACAUCACAACGUGAAGUUUUAAAAAAUAUCAUCGAAUGUGUUCACAUGGAGAAGCCAGUACUUGUAUGUGGCCCGACAGACGCUGGCAAAACAAAAGUUAUCGAUGUCUUGUGUACCCUAACAAAUCAAGUGUGCAACACAGAUGCUAUAGAUGAUUCCGUAACGGGAAGUUUCCAACAGAUUGACUUGAAUCGCCAUUUGGAAGAAAUUUCCAAACAAGUGGAGCAAAUUUAUCUAAGAUGCGUCCAAAAUUCUUUACUAAAUGGAAAAGACGAAUGUAAAAAAACUUUUACACAAUUAUUGAAUUCGUGGAGUUCAUAUAAUCGCACAACUUCAACUAAAUGUAAUUUUCGCGACACUGCCAUCUCUGAAGAGUUAUCCAUUUUCCGCGAACGUCUUAAAAAAAUGCAAAGUCUUAUAGGAAUUCUAUUUGGAUAUAAUUCAGACAAUAAAACUGCUUUACAAAUUCUCUGCGAAGAAGAGAAGAAAGUCGAUUUACUUGGUAGAUAUUUGGAAAAUGCCAAUAGCCUCAACACAGGCGGUCACUUUGAGUGGGUGGAUUCAAAAAUAGUAAAAUCACUGAAAUAUGGUCAGCACUUGGCUUUAGAACAUGUUAACUUGUGUUCGUCGGCCGUUUUAGAUCGUUUAAAUCCCGUUUUUGAACCAAAAGGCAAAUUAUUAAUAUCCGAGAAAGGUGUUAACGCUCGCAGCGAAUCAGCGGAAGUGGUAAAAAAAGGCAAAAACUUUCGUGCUUUCCUUACCAUAGAUCCUAAAAAUGGUGAACUUUCACGGGCUAUGCGUAACCGAUGCAUUGAAUUAUCUUUAAAUAGAGAAACAUACGAUUUAGAUGAUAAACGUAUGAUUGUUUACGCUCAGGGAGUAUCCGAUAUCAAAGCAAUAAACACUGUGAUAGCGAUACAUGAGAGCAUUGCCAAGUUAACGGAAAUUAACAAUUAUAGCGUUUCACAUCUUACUAAAAUGGCGUUUUUGACAGCAGCGUAUCAUCACAUCGGUUACGAUUUGGAAAGAGCUAUUUAUGUUAGUGCUAUGGAAGUAUAUGUGUAUUCAGCUAAUACGGACUUAAUCGGAUAUGGUUUAGUUUAUUAUCAGCAACAAUUACGCGAUAUUGUUUUAAGAGAAUCACAAAAAUAUGGAUCAUUAUCUAAGCAAUAUCAAGAAGACUAUCUGCGAUAUGUGACGCUAUAUAGCGAAGGCUUAAGUGAAGCCGAAAUGGUUAAUUUGCAGAUUCUCCCAUUGAAAAUCGCUUUGCAGAAUGGACCUCAACAAUACGGAGACACUUUAAAAGAGAUAUUCGGAAAUUUUGCAAAAAUCCAUUUUGGUGAUCUAAAAUAUGAGAAUUUGCUAAGAUAUUUGGUGUUUAUGGUGUAUCAGGCGAGUACUUUUGCAGAUCUCGAAUGGCGUUACUUGCAAUUAGAGAAUCUUUUCACCCAUCACAACAUCGUUGAUUUGCAAAAGUUAUCGGAAAAUAUGUAUAAAACCGUGCGAGAAUUUAAAAAUGAUUUUUCAAACUUAAAUUCAGAAUUACCUUGGAACACUAAACUUUAUCCACGUCUAAGAGAUUACCGAUAUAUCGAUUUGAAGGGCGUAGAAGGGAAGGUUUCGAAUGUUUUGUCAGCGUUAUUAAUGAAUCUGAUAUUACAAGAUAUACCCGAACUGCCUGUAAGAAAGCUUUAUCAACUUGAUGUUUUAACAUAUUCGCAAGCGAUAUCGAAAAGUUCUCUCAUCGAUAAAUUUAAUAAUACUUUCUUGCAGUAUUAUAGUGUUUUUCUGAAAACUUUCGAGCAAUCAUUAAAAACACAUUUGAAAAAUGCUCAUCUACCUACGAGCGACUUGAUACAAUUGCUACCAGCUCUUUUAUGGUUCAAUCGUAUUUUACUUUUAUCCAAAGAACAAAUAUUCGUUAAUAAGGAAUUAAACAUUGAUUUGAUGCAUAAACUUUUAUUACACUUUAAUUGGCUGCAGAAGCGUUUAUUGAAAUUUCUUUUGCCCUUAAUAUGCAUCAGCAAUCCCGAUGAUUCAGCAUUUAUGGAUAAUUUGCAAAAUCUAAACGACUAUGCUUCAAAUAUUAAACAACCAUUAAAUAUGAUCAAAAAAUUGUACACAAAACAAAUAAUGCAAUUUUCAGCGUUUUAUCAAGAGGAACAGGUUACUUCGUUUUUAAUGGCUGAACAAAUGGAUCAAUUGUUAAGCGUUAUACCUAUGUACGGCAGCUUUACUGCUAAGGAUAUUUUGAGAAAAUUUAUUAUGCAAAAAUCAUCGAAAACUGAAAAACUUCGCAAUAUGUUUGCGGAAAAUAUAUCGUACGUGGAAUUGAAUCUAAAGGAAAUUGAGUUAUGUGAUAAGAAAGAUCAAAAAAUACCGUCGGACUUAAAAAGGCAAUUAAAAGACUUGAUUGGAGAUUUUAAUGCUGCCCUGGAUAAUGAAAAAGUGGUGGCAAUUCCGAAUAACUUGAGAUUCAUAGAAGCUGAACUAUUGGACUUGGCUAGAGAACUCGAUCAAGAAGAAAUGAUAAAUGAUAUGGAAAGUGAAAUUGUAGGACCUAAAGAAAUUGAAUUGCAAACGACAUCUCUAAGGGAAUAUUUUUUAACUAAAUUUUGUCUAUAUAACGCAAUCCAGGAACCAAACCAAUCGACAGACUAUGGACAGCUUAAUCAUAUGUAUUGUGAAGAGUUAAGCACACUUGAUAAUAAAUUAUGGAAAUUAUUACGAAUCAUGAAUGCUAAGAGUUAUAUGAUAUAUAGGAAAAUAUGGGCUCUCAUAUGCUGCCAUUUAGAAAUUGUAAAUACUUUUGAAGAGAUGGGAGAUAUGUUGGAAUAUUUAAAUGGUCACUAUCGUCAACUUAAUGCCCUAAAUCGUUUAAUAGUUGAUAAUAUUCAAAAUCUACAAAUCAAAAAUUUAGCCUUAAGAUCAAGUUGCUUGCAAGCCCUAAGAAAUGAAGAAGAUAUGAACAGUUUAUCCCACUAUGAGGGUCCAGCUCUUAUCAACACCGUUUGCUGUACAUUAUAUCAAAGUGACAAUCAAUUUAAGAUUGUACCUUUAGAUGAUUUGGAGCUUUGGAAAGCUCAGCUAGAACAAAUACGCGACUUGUUAUGGUUGAACAACGCAGUCAUGUCUUCCAGAUUUAACCUGGCUCUUAAUAAUUAUAAAAUCUCUCGAGAAAAUGCUAAACGUUUAUUAAACGAAAUAAAUUAUAUCAGGUCUUUAAGUGCAUAUUCGGAAAAUGAAAAUUCCAGCGACUUUAGUAAAGGUUUUGAAAUAUUGAUAAAUAAAUUGGCCGUGAUAUUAGAGAGAGCAGGCAAAGAAGUUACAAAUUCUGAUCAACACGAAUCCCUACAAUACCAAUCUGUGCUCUAUGAAACCGCCAUAAUAAAUGCUUUAAUUGGUGCAAUAGAAUUAAAUGUUUUCACUUAUAUACCACUUAUCGAUCCGGUGGAGAAAAAUCAUCUGAAAACUUUAUACAAUCAAGAAGACAUCGAUAGCUUGAGUACUUUAAAGUCUUGCUUUGAUUUUCUGAGAAUUAUAAUGAAAUAUAAACGUUUGGGUAAGGAAUACUAUCAGGCUUUAGAACAACAGUUAGACAACUUGCAGCUUAAGAAAGUAAAAUUACAAGAAAAGAUGGCCAAACGUUCGAAGAAAUCCCUCUACAGUCUGUUAGUCAAAGAUGCAAAGCAUUACCUAAAAACGAACUGUGAUCCUGUAAUUCUGUUCAACUUAUUGGAAAACAUACAAAGUUGCUGUAAAGAUUUAAACGAUUCAGUAGCCGGACCGAAAUCCAUAGAUAUGUGCUUUGAGUUACAACAUAAAAUUGAUAUUUGGUUGACUAACUCGCAGAGUUUCCUCCAGCACACCUUAAAACCGUAUUCAGGUUAUUACGAAGAUUUCCUGAAACCAUUACAAUGCGCGGUCGAACAGUUAAGUUUCGCUUUUAAUGGUCUAAAUACAAUCUUGACACAACUUAAAAGCGGAUUUAUAGAAGAGACAAGUAAAUCUUACACCAAUAUUAACAAUGAAGGACAAAUUAAUCGAAUUUUGGAAAAUAUUGCAGAGUAUCCUAGAGUUCAUCGUUUGUUAGUACAAGAGAAUAGUUGUCCCUUAUACCGGGCAUUGCAUAAACUACCGGAAGGAGAUAAAGAUUAUUUUCUUUUACUGAAAGUGAAGCUAAAAGAAAUUCAAAGCCUUAUGCAUAUCGAGGGAAAAAUCAAUCAAAAUCAUUAUCGAGAUCUGGACUGUGCCUUUAGCAUAAUCAAUAAAGUAUGGCAAAAGGAAGAGGUACACCGACGUGAACGGAAAGCGGAGGAAGAAAGUUUAUACAUUAAUAAAACGAAAUGCGUGGAAGAUAAUCCAGAUUUGAAAGAAUUACAAGAAUUGGAGGAAAUCUUUCCCACCUCAGUAAAUAGUGAUUUCGGUGAUUACUUGCAAGAAAAUUCAUUGGAAAUGAUUUUGAAAUUAGAUAAACAAGCAUUGAAAACAACUCAGCAUUCGACUUUAAUUAAGGAAGAGGAUUAUUCUUUCAUAGCUAAGCUAUUCAUGGAAAUCUAUCGACAAUACCCAACGUUCUAUCAUCAAUCCCGUUAUAAUAAUGCCUGCAAGCAAACGCGGAAAUUCGUACUUAUGUUUAAAGAAAGCAUGCAAGUCUUUUUAAGGCUUUACCAGCACUACCGUUCGUCUCUUAAUGAAUGGUUAGAUGAGCAAUCAUUUAACUCAUUAGCAUUUUCGGUAGCCUUACAACAAGAAAACUUAGAAGCAUUCUCUAUCGAUGAUACAUCAACAAAAUCCUACAAUUUUUAUAAGGAUUCCAACAUUCAAGAAAUAGUCAAUUGUACCGAAAUUUUAUAUAGAAUUGAAGAGCGUGUUGCCGAGCAACUGAAACUAUAUCCUGAGCAUGCCGCUUUAUUAGAUAUUGGGAAAAUCAUUAAACGAAUACGUCAACUACCCUCCAAUGCUCCCGUGAUACGUUUUAAUACCGGUUUCCAAUUGUUAAGACAAAAGGUUAGCCAAUGGAAUGAAGUUGCCCAUAAAAAUAAUAAUUUGAAAGAGGAAGAAGUUAAACUGGCCGAAUAUGUGCAAAAUUGGACACGUUUGGAAUUGCAAUUCUGGCGCAAUUGUUUACAACAGACUUAUGAAAAUGUCGAAUCUCAAGCUUAUAAGUAUUGGUUUUUCAUCUAUCAUUUGCUCCAAGAAUAUCUAGAAAAUCAUUCAAUCAGCUCGAGUUUAAAAGAUAUGAAAUACUGUGAGAAACGUUUCGUGCAACAAGAAGCCGUAGAGUCAUCCGAAUUGGGAGAGAAAACCAAAAUUCAAUUGCCUGAAGUGAUCAACAUACUUAGGCAAUUUUUAGAAUCUGCCACAUAUGGAGACUUUCAUGUACGCUUGGAGCUAAUGAAAGCUUUUGAAUUUUACUUGAAUCACUGCCAGGAAGGCAAGCAGGUAGAGGAAAGAAAUCGAUUGGAGCAAUUGAUAGCCGGUUUACAUAAUUUGCAAAUAUAUUUUCAACAAUUUCUUAACGAAAUCGUAGAAUGGAAUAAAAGUGUGAAAGGUCCCAUAGAAAAGAAAUUGAAAGAUUUAGUUAAAAUUGAAAGCUAUAACAAAGACUUAUCCUACUUUAGCAUGCGCAAUAAUGUGGCCAAGGUACACCGAAAUCUCAACAAAUUCUUGAAAGAAUAUAAACAACAAUUAGAAGAAAAAAUCGCUCCCGUAUUCCAAAUGAAAGAAUCUAUAAUCAACAAAGACUUUAAUCUUCAGAACGGUCAUAGCACUUCCGAAACUUAUGUCAGAGAUAUUGAUACUUAUUUAGCUGCUUCGAAUUUAAAGGAAAACUAUAUGACCUCAUUUGAUUCAAGUUCAUCUGCUCUUUUACAAAAACUUUCACAUUUAUAUAGAAAGUCGCGCAAAGUAGUUAAAGAUACUUUAACAAAUCAUAGGUAUUCUCAGCUCCUCGACACACUCGAUAAUGUUUUACAGCAGCAAUUAGAACAUUGUAAUGAUUUACGUCAGCUUUCAGUCGAUCGGGGAAAGGAGCGUUCGAAACAAGUUUUAGAAGCGAAACAAAUUCUUCAACGAAAGCGUAAAGCUUUAAGUGAUUUCUUCAAAUUGCUUACCCUCCUCGGUAUUAACUACAAGACGGGCCUAGCGAAAUUGUCGUUAAUAAAAGAAAAUGACGAAUUUGAAAAUUAUCAAAUACCGCCCUUCUGCUUAGAAACAAUUACGAGCGAUUUUUGCACGCAGAACUUGAAUCUUAGUUUCGCUAAAGCAAUUUUUAAAUUGAAAAUUUUGCUAAGCAUAAUGUUGACGCCACUUAGUGAGUUGGGUUUACCGAACAUAGAUCGUAUUAAAGGUUUUGCCGUCCAGAUGUUUCUAUUAGUGCAAAAGCAACGCAAUAGCUUGGCGAGAGGAUGCAAGGAAUUGUAUGAUUUCAAAUGUCAACUACAGAAUAUGAAAAGUAUCGCCUUAAUUGUAAAGACAUCUACGAUGAGUGACGAAAAUCUGCAAUUCGUUAAGUAUCAAAAUACCUACGAAAACUUGACACAAUCAUUUGUUCAUAUAUCUUAUGUUUUGGAACAAUUCAAAUUACUAAUCAAUUGUUUGCCAUCGAAAGAUAUUUCAGCGAAUCGUUUAUCCACAAAUUUAAAUAACUUGUUAACGAAAGACUCUUCAAAUUUUGCAAACUUAAAGAGAUUAAGCGAUGAAAUUCUUUCUACAAGUCAAUCUACUUUAAAAGAAAUGCAAGAAAAAUAUUCCGAAUUUUUGAAUCCCAAUCACUUAAAUGACUUCAUUAUUAGGCAUGAGCAAGUGAAGGGAUUAUUAGGAAAUAUCUUAGAUCAAUUAAAAAUAUCUUCAAGUGAUUAUUUACCUUUGGCUAAACCUUUACUGCAGUUACGGCAACAGAUCGGAGAAAUGUUCCGCCCGUCGAAUAUCAAUAGCCCGUCAUUCACGGAAAAUGAUUUUGAAAAUUUUGAACAAGAAUUGGAAAAUAUUAUUCGUUCUGCGUUGAGUUCUUUGGAAAAACUCUAUAAAAAAUCCUGCUCAGAGGAUAUCAAUAAAGCAAGUCAAGAUAUUAAAGAGCAAGAAGAAGAAGAAGAACUGAAUGAUCUUGAAGAAAAUCAUUUGAAAGAGCAUCUUAGUGAGGAUUUGCUAAACAAUUGGAAAAUUUUAAAUCUGAGUGAAUUGAAUGAAAAACUUGCCCAUGCCUUAUUAUUGAUAAAGUCUUCCUCUUUUCCGACUAAAAUACUUCACGUCAAAAAAUUAAUUUCAAUAAUACCCAUACUCGAGCAAUUUCAAUUGAUGGCUAAUUAUCAAUUCACUCAACAAAUCUAUACUCAUAAGUUGUCGGCGAAAAUAUUGUCGAUUAUGUUAAGUGUCUUUGUCGAAAUUGGUACAAAAGGUUUUUGUACACCACCUGAUCUUAUGCGAGAUGCUGAAGUAGAGAAUAAGCAAGAUGGACAACAGCAACAGGGUGAAAAGUUUGGCUUAGAAGAUGGUACGGGUGAGAAAGAUGCAUCCAAUAAAAUCGAAUCUGAAGAUCAAUUGGAAGAUGCUAAACGUCCUGAAGAUCGCAAAGAAGAGAAAGAUAACGAGCAGUCGGAUUGUAAGGAAGAGAAGGGUAUAGAUGUCAGUGAAGAUUUCGAUGGUAAUAUGCAAGAUUUGGAAAAACCUGAGAACGAGGAUGACGAUAGUGGUGAGUCAGAGACAGAGGAAGACGUUAAUAAGGAAAUGGGCGAAACCGAGGCUGGCGCUGAAAAGCUAGAUGAUCAAAUAUGGGGUGACGAUGAAGAAGAGGAAGAAAAAGAACAGGAAGAACACGACUUAAACGAAGAGGAGCAAGGCAAAGGUUCCAAAGAUGAAAAAGAUACACAUAAUGAUUUAAAUACAGAAAAUGAAGCUUUACCUGAAGAUACUAAGGAUCAGCAAAAUCAGGAGUGCCUAGAUGCCACCAAUGAAGAUAAAAGAAAAGAAAAGGAAAGAGAUAUAACCGACAUGAAAGAACCCGAAGUCAGUGAAGAACAAGAUAAUCCUUACCAUAAUGAAUUAGAAGAUCCUCCGGAAGCGGAAGAAAUGGAUUUGGGUGACUUAAAUGCCAAUGAAGAAAAUGAUAAAGAUAAUGAAGCCGAUGACCAGUUGAGGGAAGAAAACCCUUUCGAAAUCGAUAAAAUGAAAGAAAACAUGCCAACGAAAGACCAAGAAGAUGACGAACAAGAAACGGGGAACAACGAAAAUAAAGACGUAGACAAUGAAAACGUGAGCAGUGAUUCCGAGGAGGAGGCUGAAGAUGGGCAAAUGCAGCGGGAAAAAAUUGACGAUCAGGAGGAGGAAAUCGAAAACAAAACCGAAGAAAUGGAAGAAGAACAGCCUGUAGAAGAAAGUAAUCUACAAAAACGUGCGGCGAUAGAAGAAAACCCAGAGGAGGGCCACGAAGAAGAACAAGAGUCUCAAAAAGAUGAUUUAAAGGAAAAUUAUGAACAAUCGAUAGAUAAACGAAGUGAAGAAGAUAACAUACAAUCGGUCCCCGAAAUGGAAAACAAUCGAACAGCCGAUGAAGUUCAAACGCCAGAGAAUGAGAAAAACAUAAAGCAAGACCAAAAGCUAGAUGAGCAGCAAACGGGCGAAGAAAAGGACGGCGUAGGACAAGCUGAAACUGAGAAUAACGAUGGUGGUCAUCAAGGCAUUGCCGAGACGAAUGAGAUGACAGUUCAGGAAGAAUGUCAAAAUGAAAAACAAACUCAAGAAAAACGAAAACAGGGAUGCACUAACGAAGAGAGGACGCUUGGCGAAGCUGAAAAGAAUAAAAUCAAACAAUUGAAAACCAUUGAAAAAUUAGAUGAACAGAAGCAAAACGAUGAGGCUGACGAUGAUCACAAUGAACCUCCAGAGGCUGAUGAAUAUCAACAUGUCAAAGAACCAAAGAAUAGUGACAAAAUUACUUUAGAUAAUGCCACCGAAGAGCAAUCAAAGAAGUCGCAACAUGUUGAGAAUGAAAAGGAUGAUCAUGAGGAAGAUAAUAAUUCAGAAAUAAUUGACGGUUUAAUGGACAUUGACGAGGAUCAUGAAGAAAAUGAACAAAAUAAUCUACAAGAAAUAUCGCCUGAUAGAUUAGAUAAGAAAUCGGAUAAACCUUCGAAAAAUGAGAAAAACGGAGAGCAAAUCGAAACAACUGAACGUAUGGAAGUUGAGGGUGAUAUAGUGGAAACGUUGACAGCAACGCGUAGUGACGAGACGACAGCACAUUGCAAUCAAGAACUACUGCAAGAGAGUAAUUCGUAUGCGGAAGAUAUGACCACAGCUGAAUUAUUAAAAAUAAGAAAUAUGUAUCAACAAGAGGCGAGCGUACCGAAAUCGAUUUUACCAAUUAACGAGGACUGUGAAAAUUGGCACACCAUCUCAAACCGUAUGGCUCAAAACGCUCGCGAUCUUUGCGAGCAAUUACGCCUAAUCUUAGAGCCCACAAAGUGUACGCGUUUGAAAGGUGAUUAUCGCACGGGGCGUCGCAUAAAUAUGAAGAAAAUUAUACCGUAUAUAGCGUCGCAAUUUCGCAAAGAUAAAAUCUGGUUAAGGCGUACUAAACCCGCCCAACGUGAUUAUAAAAUUACUAUCGCCAUCGAUGAUUCCAAAUCAAUGCAUCAUAACAAUUCGAAAAUGUUGACAUUAGAAGCGAUAUCUUUAGUUGCGCAAGCGUUAACUUUAUUAGAAAGUGGACGUUUAAGUGUUCUAUCAUUUGGAGAGAGGCCGCAAAUUCUACUGAAUCAUACGGAACAGUUCGAUGGAGCAAAAUUAGUCAAUCAUUUGAACUUCUCGCAAGAUAAAACAAAAAUUGCUGAACUUUUAGAUUUUAUACGAGUCAUUAUAGGGGAGGAAUGUUGUACGAGUUCAGAUAAUGGUAUCUUUGAGAAUCUUUUGCUAAUAUUAAGCGAUGGCCGCAACAUAUUUAGCGAAGGAAAAACAAAGGUUAAAAAUUCCAUUAAAUUGGCUCGUUUACAGCGUGUAUUCCUGGUUUACAUUAUAAUUGAUAAUCCGGAAAAUAAGAAUUCAAUAUUGGAUAUACAAACCAUGGAAAUGCUUCCUGAUAAAAAAAUUAAUAUAAAAUCGUAUUUAGAUGAUUUCCCAUUUCCUUAUUAUGUGAUCGUAAGAGAUCUUAAUCAAUUGCCUUUAGUUUUAAGUGAAGCAAUGCGUCAAUGGUUUGAAUUGGUUAAUCAAUUCAAUUGAUAUUGAAUAAAAUAAGAUUUUAAAGAAUUUAUAUUAAACUACAAUACUGUUUG